CUAAAGCCCCAAAGCUUCCACCUGCACCUCCUGUUUAUCUGCUCCCCUCCACCCCUAGCAAAGGACGUGCCCCUUUGGUAAUGUCGGGGCUCCCAGCCCGAGGGUGGGGGAGGGGGCCUCCCUAUCCCCUCCUCCCCAUUCCCGCCGCGGCUUGGGGUUUUACUGCAGCAGCCGGAGGUGACAGCGACGCCUUAGUCUCCUCGGUUGUUCUCAGAGCCCUGGCUUCCCCAGCAUCCGGAAAGUGCCCCCUCCUGAGAGGCUGAUCCCAGGAGAAGUGCUAACGAGCCUCACAAAACCAAAUUUAAAAAUGUAAAAGUCGUUGGGCUGCAUUCUUCCGAGGACGAGCCUGAUCUGCCAGGACCGAGAGUGGCAUCCUGUGGGAAGUUGGGACUGUAGAGCAAAGGGGGAAGGGAGUGGUGCAGCCGUCAUUCUCUUCUGGAAGGAGUCACUGGGAGCAGUGCAGUUGGACACAAGUUUGUGUGGGAAUGUUUUCCUUUUGUUGAUAAUUAAUCGCUAGAAUCAGUCUGGCAUAAUUGGAGUUUUAGUAAUAGUGCAGACGGCGGAGCCAAACACCCAACUCUGGGAAGCUCUGAGGCGCCCGGCGCAGUGGGAAGCUCGCAGCAUCUGGAGAGGGGCCAAAGCACCGGUGCUCACCUAAGCCUCAGGGAGAUAGACCCAACCAGGAGAUGAAGAAACAGCCACUCCAAAAGGACAAGUAACGCACACAGGACCAUUCUGUGGAAGAGCAAGCACAAGAAUCCAAACCUGGACUCUCUCCCAGGCAGUGGAGCAGCAUCUUACCCUGGAGUACCUUUCAUGGAAGAGAGGAGUCAAUGUUUUGAGAGAAGCCGUGACACAGAAAAGUUUUGGAGCUUGCCCAAGGACACACAGUAAAAUGAAUGCAUGCAUGCAUGAAUGAAUGAAUGGAUGGAUGGAUGAAGAAAAUAAAGAGAAAAGAGUAAAGAUAAGAGAAAAGACAGACUUUCUGCAGCUUGAAGGAGCCAACCAUGGAUUUCAGGCGUGUGAAAGACUAUUUCUCCUGGCUCUACUAUCAAUACCAAAUCAUUAGCUGCUGUGCUGUCUUAGAGCCCUGGGAGCAAUCCAUGUUCAAUACCAUCUUAUUAACCAUUGUUGCUAUGGUGGUGUAUACUGCCUAUGUUUUUAUCCCAAUCCACAUCCGCCUGGCUUGGGAAUUUUUCUCCAAAAUAUGUGGCUAUCACAGUACAAUUUCUAAUUGAUCUCGUGUGCAUUCUGUGAAUUGGCACCGCACAUGUAUAUGUUGCUUACAACAUUGUUUUAGCUAAAUACUGUGUCUUCUUUCACUAUGUGACCUAAAAAGCUCUCUAUUCUCUAUGCACUCUUAUAUCUUGCCUGAAAUUUGAAAUAGAUGUUUCUCUAGGUUCUUUUGUACAUAUUACAUUCUGCAUCAGACUAUAGGUACUUCAAUGACCUUACCUCACAUACAGCAUAUUUCUCAGCUUAAAUCUAUACUUUAGGUUUUUUGGGUUUUUUUAAAUCAUGAAAUGUCACAUAAAAACUUUCUGGGAAGUAGGCUCAUAAGAGAUCUACCAGAAUCAUGUUUAAAAUGUUCACUUGAUACCUAUUCUAUACUAAAGGAUAUAUUUUUAAAAAUUUGUUCAUGGCUACUAUCGAAAGUAUUAUAUCCUUGUUUACAAUAUAGAAAAAGAUAUGAAUACAUUAUAUAGGCCCCCUAAAGUCAUUUUCUAGUAAACUGCUGAUACCUAAAAUUCUUUUACUUCAAGUGCAAAAGAAUAAGUUGGAGGCAAUUAUCUCCUUUCAGACAUGGUUCAUGACUUGUUUCAAAUGUCUCUAAAAGUCUGGCUUUAUAAUAGUUUAAAAUCAACAAUGUUGAUUUUAAAUAACCCAGUAAGUAUUAUAAUACAAAAUAAUUUUAAGUAUAAGAAACAAAAUAUAAAUUCAGGUAUUGUGACUUGUGAUGUUGCCUGGCCUUGCAUGAUGCUGGCAGGGAGGAGAAAGAAAAGAAACUGCUUUCUCUCUGUGUUUUCACUCAGUGGAGUGAGUGGGGGUAGGGAAGCAUGCAUUGGGCCACAGGAAGAAAAGCUAAUAAAUAGGCUGGAAGUAAUAUUCUACCAGCAGGAACUCAACAGAUCCAGUUAAAUGUUUUGAUACAGUGGCUCCUCUGCAGAGAAAAAAACAAGAUUUAUUAAAUUUCCUUCAAAGUGUUUAUCUUAAAAACAAUUAUGUUUUUAAUUAUACUGCUGAAUCAAAUGUGAAUGCCAAAGAUUGAACCUUGCAGUUUUUCUUUCUUCUCAAUAAAUAUUAAUGUUAGUAAUUCUGGAGGGUAAAAAUGUAAAUAGUUUUUAGACAAUAUUUGCACCCUCAUGGUAUGAAAAAAAAAAAAAUUUUCCAAAGACAGCUAGAGAGAAAGAUGUUUGGCAUGCCAAAUUAACUUGCAUGUUUGUUAAAAACACAAAAACAAACACGUGUUUUGAAGAUAAACCAGAUCUGAACAUGUAUUUGUUGGUUUUUGCAAAAAAAAUUUAAGUCUAAUUUUAUAAAUAAAAUAUCUACCUCCGGAUUUGCUUUUCCCUCAUAGUGUACUAUAUAGGUGCCUAAAUCCAUAUUUCUUCCCAAAAUUAUCAUUUCUCACUAAUGCAGGUGGCAAUGGAUCUUAAAAUGAUAGGGUAAAACUAACAUUUAUCAAGGGUCUACUCCAUGGUGGACAUGUUUUACAUUUUGAAGUAGGUAUUAAGGUCUACCAGUUACGGGGAAGGAACCUGGAAUUUGGAAAAGAUACAUUCCUCGUUCAAGGACCUUCAGCUACUAGUGGCAAAGCAAGGGAGCGUAUCCAAGUCAGAACUACACUGGGCCCUGAAAUAUUUGCCACAUGGGAACCCAUGGGAGGACAACGUGAGCGAAUGAAAGUUGAAGGGCUGGGAGUCACUAAAAUGUUGGAAAGCAGUACACCAGCAAAUAAAAGCAGUAAGAGGUAUGAGGAGAGAGCUGAAGUCAGAAAAACAAUAAACCCAGUUCCCAGUUUUUGCCUUUUCUGCUUACCCUAGUACUGUGUUCACCAUUUCUGUGCUGUCCAGGCACAUAUGCCUGUUUUGAAGGAUUGCUUUCACUUUUAAAUAUUUAACAGAGGAUUCUCAGUUAAAGCAUAAACUUUGAUGUGUUCUCAGUUCACAAUGAUUCAAUACCCUUAUUACGUGGACCCCUGCUAAGUACUCCUGGAAUUUAAUCACAAAUAUACUGCACUGACCUUCUUAAAAUCCCCUCUCUAAAAAUAAGAAUUAAAACAAUGUGAAUAGACACAGCAAAGCUUAAUAAAGGAUAUUGUAAA